GUAAUUAGAAGUCGGGGCAAAGGAAUUGGGGAAAAGAGCAAAACCCUACUAACACCUUUCUCCCUGUUUACGCUUUUCCUCCCCCACUGGGAAGCGCUAACUCCCUCCAGAUUUUACGCGGCGAACUCUCUACGCAGCGCUCCCGCCGAUGUUCUAAGCGGCCAUCGGUGACCUCCAGGCAACUUUAUCUCGGACUACAAGGCGUAGUUGAGGCUAAAGAUCCGUGGUCUAUAAUUCCAUAACAGUGCUUUCCUAUUUCAAGAUGAGGCUAUUAACUCACAAUAUGCUUUCAUCCAACAUCAAGGGAGUCGCAAAUGGAUUCCCGCUAAAGAUUGAAGUUGAGAAAGUGGUACAGCAGGAGGUCGAUUUCAACAUCGACUUCCUCAAGAACAUGUUUUAUAAGGUUGAAUGGAAGGCAUUGGCGGAAGCUUCUAGAACCAUGGGCUAUGCCGAGCUGCCUGAAAAUGCUGAUGCGGCUAUGCUCGAGUCUGAUGAUUUUCUUCAUAAGUUCCACCAUGCCCUUCUUGAGCUUCAUCUUGAAGAGGGUGCCUUGGUUUGUCCCGAGACUGGCCGCAAAUUUCCUGUCACUAAAGGUAUUCCCAAUAUGCUCCUUCAUGAAGAUGAGGUUUGAUUUUUAUCUCUUUUUGGGUAUUGAUGUGUUUUGCUUUGGAAAUGGGGGCUAGGGAUUUUUGAUACUAGGGUUUAAGGUACUGGUUUGGACGACUUAUAGUUCACCAUUUUGAUUGUAAUGUGAUAGCCUUGUUGAUAUUAUGGAGUGAUUAUCAGAACUUCUUUGUUCAGAAAUUAUUGAACGUUCAGUUUCCUA